AACACAAAGACAAUGCGUGCACGCCCCCCCACGUGUUUUGGUCAUGCGCACUCCGGACUUAAAGUUCAAAGUGCAAUCCCCCGAUUUUUGUGUGUGGGAACUAGUACUAUUUGCGCCAAACAAGUGAGCUAGGCCCUGGAAAAUAUUAUGCUUUUGAGCACUACCCAAAUUCAGCCUAGAUCUAAAUCUAUUUUAUGCUUGUUAAAACAACUCAUUACCAUUAUGUACGGUGGCCCUGAGUGCUACUCCAGUUGGUAGUUGGCAGUUGGGAGUUGGCAGUUGGUAGUUCGCAGUUGGCAGUUGGCAGUUGGUAGUUCGCAGUUGGGAGUUGGCAGUUGGCAGUUGGUAGUUCGCAGUUGGCAGUUGGUAGUUGGCAGUUGGGAGUUGGCAGUUGGCAGUUGGUAGUCGUGACCUUUAAACUUUGCAGUUAACAAAAUAUUAAUGUUGUAUAAUUAUAGAUCUUUGCACUGCCUCUAAUCUUUUAACCAUAACUUUAAAUAGCCUCAAUAGAAUCUAAAAGUGCCAUGCAAAACCUGUUUCUAUAAUUCCCCCCUCCCUGCUGGGAUCUGGGAAUAUAGGUACAUGAGGAUUGGACUUGAAAUGAUCUCCCUACCAAGAUGUGUAUAUAUAAGAUUAAUAUUGCCGUCUUAGACUUAGGCCAGCUAGAUAUCGGUGCCAGUAUCAUAAUUUAAAAGCAGGCUAAUUAUUGUUGCAAAGUUUAAAGGUUACGAACUGCCAACUACCAACUCCCAACUGCCAACUGCCAACUGCCAACUGCCAACUGCCAACUCCCAACUGCCAACUGCGAACUACCAACUGCCAACUACGUGUUUGAACUAUCAAGUAGCAACUGUGAACUACCAACUACGCAUUUGAACUAUCAAGUAGCAACUGCGAACUACCAACUACGCAUUUGACUAUCAAGUAUGAACUACCAACUAGAGUAGCGCUCAGGGCCACCGUAAUUAUGCCCUACACCAAUCAGUGCAGUCAUAAAUUAUCUCUUAAUUGCAUACAAAAAUUGUUCUCUUGUUGUGUAACACAUUACUGAAGAUCCGACAUAAUCUUCUAAUGAUCCUCCUUGUUAUUGAGAUGAAUAAAAGAGGCAGAAAAACAGCAACAGAAUACUGUUGCAUUCCAAAGUCACCUGUUAUGCUCCAAUUAAUUAUGCCAGUAACCAUAAAUUAUGCCACCAUACAUUUGUCAGUGAGCUGCAAAGCACAGUACCAUAGUUGAUGUACGAGACUGUGAACAAAAAACAAAAAAUUGUAUGGGUGAUAUAUUCAGAGUGGCGCCGUAUUUUCGUCUCUCUGAUUACAUCAACUACAGUUACUGUAGCAGAAACCCUAAAAGUGCACCUUAAUUAUGUGUUUACACAUCGCACAAUAGGUCGACAUAGUUUGUGCAACAUUUUGUCUAUUGAACACUGUAAAGCUGAUUUUGUAUAAAAGGCAUACCCUAAUUGCCAUGCAGAAUAUCAUUUUGUUUUGUAUAAGGAAAGAUAAUUAUUCAAAAGGAUGCCACAUCAUGUAUUUUCUAUGCUUGCAGCAACCGUAUUCUCAUUAGUAUCAGGCGGCUUCAUUCAGACACCAGUAUCAAUAAAUGCUACCCUGGGAUCAACUGUACAAUUCAAAUGCCAAAUAGAAAGUGGACAGCUUUACUGGCUGCUCAAUGGGAAUGAAUUGUGGAGAAGCAGUAACAGUGAUCGUCAAGCCCGAGCACAUACUCAAAACUACGUACUGUCAACUCUCACUAUCCCGGCUCUGAUGAUUAAUGACAACAUAACUAUACAUUGUGUCAUCCAUCCCAACACUCUAACAGAACCUGCAGUUUUGCGAGUACAAGGGAUACCAGCUGCUGUAAAAAAUCUAAGCGUUGUACUGAAAAUCGAACACAUUUCCAUAAUUUCAUGGGAACCUCCCGAAAUGCUUGAUUUAACAUACAAUGAUUCAGAGAUCAUCCUAUACAUUGUAACAAUUCGAAACUUUUUUAGUGGCUAUGAAAGCAGUCAUUCAAUCAACGAGACGAAAUUCGUGUUCCAGCAGCAUGGUGUGGAGGAGUGCACACCAUAUGAAAUUAUAGUGCAAGCAGUCAACGUUGUAGGUAUUGGAACAAGCAAUGGCCUUGAUUUCCAAUUUUCUGGACCGUCACUUGAGGUAAACGUUCAGGAGCAUUUUCAAACCAACCAGGCCAUUGUUUCUGUUACAUGCACCGCAUUUGAAAACAGCUGUAUAGUAUGGAACAUAUACACUGGCAGUAUACACAGCAGACAACCUCUCUUGGGGAAAUUUUUGACAUUGCAUCAACACAACCCUUUGUACAAACAAUACAGUGAAACUGUUUACCUGAACUCUGAGCUAUAUCAGCACUAUCAGUCUGUGAAUGUGUCGCUACAGUGUGUAGAAAUGAGAGUCUGCAGUUCCUCUGAUUCUCCAUACACUUGUGUGACAUCACAUUGCAGGAGUAACAAUGUCUCUCUACCAAGUAUGCUCUUGCAUGAAGCACCAACUUCUGAGCUGCAUGAACCUACCACCACUAAUAGCUCAAUCAUGGCAAUGACAGUGAAUGAUUCUAUGAGUACAGCGAUGAUUGACAACCAUAGAUCAUAUCAAUGUGAAAGAAUUGUAAUUGGAUUUUCAAUAUCGCUUGGUAGUUUUGUGUUUCUGGUACUUGCUGCCACCUUGUUUGCCCUUUGUUUCCACCACAAAAGAAAGCCAAGGUCUACUACAAAACAAUGCAAUUCCAAAGAAGAUCGUAUCUACGCGUCUGUGCUCAGUAUACCAGGAUUACUCCACCACUACCCCAGCCCCACCCUAGUCAAUACACAGGAGUGCCCCGCUUACGAAGUUCAAAAGCUCAACUAAUUAGACUAAAGCUAGAGCAUCAGGGACAGAAUUUUAAAGCAAAAACUUUACAUGCACGAGUAUAAUAUAUAUACGAAUCUUAUGUACGCGUGAUUAUAAACUACACAAGCUAAAUUUGUACUUUUA